AUGUCUCGAGUAAGAAGGGCCUUUGCCUAUGUCUUGGGCGACUCCUGCAACCAGGAGAACCACAUUCUUCCCAUCAAUGCCAUGCAAUACUCGCAUGCCCGGCGGCAGUUGUAUACUGGAGGCCGAGACGGUGUGAUUAAGGUUUGGGACUGUGAUCAGUCAGCCGUGGCCACAGAGGAUGCGCCUGCGUGCCUGGAAUCGUACGACGAGACGGCCGAUGUCGAUGAGAAAAUGUUGAAGCUCGAAACGGCCAUUCUGUCCAAUCCGUUGGCCCAUAAACGGCCCCACAAUAUGUAUGCCACCUCCUCCUCCAAAAGCCAUAACGUGCACUAUGACUGGAUCAACGACUUGAAACUCGUCAACGACGAUCGCCACAUCGUCUCUGCCAGCUCAGAUCUCUCGCUUAAACUCGUAGACUUGGAUAGUUCCGAGAACCCCGUGCAACGGUUCCUGAACGUCCACACAGACUAUAUCCAGAAGUUGUCCUCCAUUCCAUCGCAAAAGACUCUCGUCAGCGGUGGUUUGGACGGAACGGUGGUUAUCUGGGACUUGGCGACGCUCAAACCAAUCACCCAGUUCUGUAAUGCCAACUAUAACGACCCGGACCAGCCGACCUCGAUCUACGCCUUGUCGAACGAUAACAAAAACUUGGUCUCCGUGGGCGGUCCGGAUGCGCUCAUCAACAUCUAUGACCAGAGAGUCUCAUCGAGUGGAGGCUCCAAUUUGUUGUGGAAACUUGUGGGCCACCAAGAUACCGUGCGGUGUCUCAUCAUGAACUCUCAGUACAUUCUCAGUGGCUCUUCCGACACGAGCGUGAAAUUGUGGGAUCUCAGAAACCUUAGCAUAUACAAGAGCUUCGAAUUCCAUGACGAUGCGGUGUGGAACGUCUGCACAGCCGCUACCUCAGACCCUGGUCUCCAGCUGUCCUCCAUCUCUGAUUUCAAAGAAUUCUAUUCCGGCGAUAAAGCUGGUAACAUUGUGAAGACAGACCUUAACUACUUAUCAACACACUCGCACUAUGAUGAGCCAGAUCCAUACGGCCGUUCUGGAUUCUCGUCAUCUGACAUGGCCGCUAUUGAUGAAAAAUUGGGUGUUUCUACCCUCGUGGCCAAAACCGAGUAUCCUGUAGUAGCAUUGUGUGCAGAGAAUGACACCUCGUUGUUCGUGUCUACGUAUGCUUCUCUUGAUCGUUAUCAUAUUCCUGAUACCCGGCAAUUGUCCAAAUAUCAGUAUCUUCGAGCAUGCGUAGACUAUGCAGACCAAAUUUGUGCUCAAAUGGAUGAUGACGUAUCAAGCGGUUUGGAUUUGGCAACUACAGAUCACUCCGAGCUAGACUCCGAUUUCUACGACAUUGUAAGCCAUUUAUCCAUGGAUCUGACAAAUUUGGAGAUUCAGUCGGCCCUUUCGGGCGCGAAAAAUCCUGCAACAGCAGCGAUGAAUGAUGAUGCCAGCUGUGAUACCAUCGAGCACUUGUCUAUGUUCCUUGACUUCAACGGCGGGCCAUCUGCAGAAUACGUCAAUGUGUACAAAGAUCAAGAUGGAGCAGUUGGAGACAACACAGGUCUUGAUCUUGUAGUUGAUAAGACUCCCGUUGAGAUUUUGCUCUAUCCGGUUCCUGCGACAAACAUUGUUACGAUUCCGUUCAAUAAGGGAGCUUUCCAAACUCUUCCCGUGACUCCACGCUCGGUGAUUUCUAAACGCAUGUUGAACAACAAGAGGCAGAUAUUCGCAUUGUAUUGCAAUGGUGAUAUUAUUAUAUGGGAUAUUGUCAUUGGCAAACAAGUGAAGGUCUACGAGUCUGGUUUGAAUGUGCCCCUUACUACGGAUGAAACAAGAGAAUACCAAAAGAGGAUGGACGAUUUAUUUGAGAAGUAUCAGAGCAAAGAAUGCCUCAGUAAUUGGUGUGAGGUCAACAUCAGAGCAGGUAAGCUCCUCGUCUCACUUAGCGAAUCGUAUUUCAACAAUGUCGAAGUUUACUACGAUGAACUUUUGAGAGACUACCCAUUCCUUGAUAUCAAUACAACUACUGCAUCCAAGAUGAAAAAAAUCAGAGCUUCACCAGACGAUAGAUUUUGGAUUUCCAGAAUUCUCUUGAACUCAAUUUUUGAUAAUUAUGCUCGGUUCGAACUCGAGGCUGAUAAAAGACUCCGCGAAGCGUUACAACAAAUUACAAAGAGACCAGAUCUACUAACUGCGUCUUCAGAAACAGUUCUUGCUACCAAUGAUGAAGGAUCGCGUAGAAGAAAACUCUUCAGCAAGAUGAGUUCCAGUUCGAGACAGAACUCGUCUAACAAGGUACCUAUGAGUGCCUCUGUCUCAAUAGCUAGCAACAUCAGUGAUAUCACCACCGAUUUAACCCAGCUCGACGAGAUAAGCGGAACUGUGCCUAGCACGUUGUCGAGCGACUGUGUGCUCAAAAUCUUGCUAUUCAACAAGCACUACUAUCGUGAGUUCUACAAUACACAGGGGGGAAAGAAAAUGGUGAAGUCUUUGCUCAAGCUUUACAGUGACGAUUUGUUCAACGAAGAGGAAGAUUUCGAGCACCGUCCGCUCAUCGCGCCCGAGCAUUUUCCACCAGGUCUUACGUUCUUCAUUUUCGAGGUUUCUCCCGAUCUUGGAAACUUCCGCGAUCUCUGUAGCUUCACAAUGGAGGAUAUCAGCUCUGGGCUUGCGAAUAAGCUCCUGUUGGUGCAUGAGUUGCGGUUGUCGCUUCCUCGGUGGAUGGGGAAGCCAAUUCUCCAGAACAAGUAUCCGAUGAAGGAGCUGCCCAAAGUCGCAUUCCAGCUCUUUGAGAUCGAUUAUGCUACACUUCCUGCAAAUCUCAAGAUCCAGGGCAAGUCACAGAAGAAGAUCAAAAAGUUGCCGAUGCUCGAAAGUGCGAUCAAGCUCACGUCCCACAGCAUGUUGCGGGUGAACAAGAUCCUCAUGUUUGUGGUGGAGAAGUUCGGUCUGAAAACGCCGGAGAUGAAGAACAAGAUGCGGGCCAUUGACUGGUUGGUGCUCGAGUGUCGUGGCGUGCAAUUGGAGCCCACGAUGACGUUGCAGACGAUCAAGACCAGUAUCUGGAAGUCGAGCGCCGACGUCGAGUUGUAUUUCCGCCGCAAGUACGACGACUAG